AUGCCAGAAUCUACGACACUGGUGUAUGUCUUUAUGGGCAUGUUCGGACUCAAGAUGUUUAUUGAUUAUAUCAAUCGUUCUGCAUCCCGUGGUCCCUACCCUCCUGGUCCACCUCCCAAGCCACUGGUGGGAAAUGCAUUCGAUUUCCCUACAGCGUGGCCUGCCGAUGGCUAUAUAGAAUGGGGCAAGAAAUACAAUAGUACCGUGGUAUCUGCAGAGGCUCUGGGAAAUCGUAUUAUUGUCGUCAACAAGCGAGAAGAUGCCAUUGAGUUAUGCGAAAGGAGGGCUAAGCUAUACUCUGAUAGACCCUAUAUCCCAAUCUUGAAUCGGCUUUCAAUAUCCCUUACGAUGGAAAUGAUGUAUGGGAUCGAAAUAAAAUCGGCGGAUGAGCCGUGUAUAGCUUUAGCGCACAAGGCUGUCAAGCUUGGGACGGAUUUACUUAUGCCAGGCGGUAGCCUAGCUAAUAUUGUCCCUGUCCUUCGACAUAUUCCAGCUUGGUUUCCUGGUGCUACUUCGUUAAGAAAGGCGGACAUGAUUGGCCGUAUGACAGAGGAGGUGAUCAGGAUUCCAGUGGAUCAAGUAAAGGCAAAUUUCAAUUUCUGUGAGCAGGAAGAAGGGAAGGCUGCUCCAUCAUUUUUUACAAAUUUUAUUGAGAAGAAGCAAACACUCGGUGCUUCAAAUGAAGAGGAAGAAAUAAUACGCAAUAUUGCCUAUACAGUCAAUGGCGCCGCGUCAGAUACGACAAUAUCGUCUACUGGUUCAUUUUUCUACCUCAUGGCAGCAAACCCCGAUGUACAAAGGAAGGCGCAGGAAGAGAUCGACGGCCUGACAGGCUCCAAACGGCUUCCUACGUUGGAGGAUAGGAAGUCGCUACCAUUCGUUGAGGCCAUAUAUCGUGAAGUCAUGAGAAUGAGACCUCCAUUGCCUCUUGGUGUACCGCAUCGCGUAACCGAGGACAAUUACUACAAGGGAUAUUUAAUUCCUAAAGGUCUGAACAGUAUCUGUGACAUCUCCAGGGCAAUGACACAUGAUGAAGAAGACUAUCCUGAACCAUAUACUUUCAAGCCAGAGAGAUUUUUUGAUGAAAACGGAAAGUUGAUUGGCGAUGACCGUGUUAUAGCAUAUGGGUUCGGCCGCCGGAUUUGUGUUGGAAAACACAUGGCGAGCUCAACAUUAUGGCUUAUGAUGGCCUCCGUUCUUGCUUGUUUCAAUAUUGUUAAAGCCAAAGACGAAAAUGGCAAUGAAAUUGAUAUCAACCAUGAAAUUGAAGAUUUGGGUCUAAUGCAGUACGUAUUUGUCAACAACUUCGCAUGGGUUUGA